GGAGCCGCCGAAGGAGCCGCGCCGCUUCCGCCGAGCAGAGAGACGAUCCUCCUGGCGGGGCCCGGCAGCUGCUGAACCGGUAGCGGCGGCGGCGGUGCCGUGAGCGGCGUGUGGCGCGUCGCCGGUUCGUCCUCUCCUCCUGCUCUUCGUCCUCAUGAGCCUGGGCUGCCCCUUUUUCACAGAAUAAGAUGGAUGGUAGCUUUGAUUGUGAUUGUGGUGAGCUGGAGCCACCUGAUCAUUAACUAACAGCCUCCUUGCUACCCAGAAAGAGCUGCCUCUUCCUCUUAGCGAACUAGAUUGUAAAACACGAGACAAGCAAAACCAUCCACCCUAGAAUGAAGCUGCUCAGGACCAGUCCAACACUGAAUGUAUCUGCACUGUGAGGAGGAUGUUAAGACAAGCCUAUUACAUGCCUAUUUAUUCACAUUUUUGUUAAAACGUCGAUCAGUUUGGCACAGUAGAGUGAAGGGCGCCUAAAAUGCCACUUCAUUCCGUUUGAUUUUACCUGGGGUUUCCAUUCCAUGUCUGCGGAUGUGCUGCACCUUUCGUUGAACUAUGAAUGCUGCGACCUCUUUCUCUCUCUCUCUCCUCGCCGUGAUCUGUAAAGAGUCUUAAGUGCUUAUCCUAAAAAGUGGGGAAACAUCAGGCCCGGCUGGCUUGACCAUGCAAUGAGAGCAUCAAGAAGCUACCCACCAGUCAACCCGGCGUUCGUCUUUUCUACGAGACCAUCGCAACCUACCAGUGGAAGCAUCUCUCUAGAUUCGUAGAAGCGGGAAUAGUUUUUAAGAGGGAGAAAACAGGAUACAGGAAAACAAACAAAAAAAAUUUUUUUUUUUUUUUUUUAAAAAGAAAAAUGGCAGAGAAGUUCGAAAGUCUGAUGAACAUUCAUGGCUUCGAUGUAGGUUCUCGGUACAUGGACUUAAAACCUCUGGGCUCCGGUGGCAACGGCUUGGUUUUUUCCGCUGUCGACAACGAUUGCGACAAGAGAGUGGCGGUCAAGAAGAUCCUCCUUUCCGACCCCCAAAGCGUCAAGCACGCUCUGCGCGAGAUCAAAAUCAUCCGGAGACUCGACCACGAUAACAUUGUCAAAGUUUUUGAGAUCCUCGGCCCCAACGGGAGCCAGCUGACGGAUGACGUCGGCUCUCUGACGGAACUGAACUGUGUUUACAUUGUCCAAGAGUACAUGGAGACCGAUCUGGCGAACCUGGUUGAGCAGGGCCCCUUACUGGAAGAACAUGCCAGACUCUUCAUGUACCAGCUGCUACGCGGGCUCAAAUACAUCCACUCGGCAAACGUCCUGCAUAGAGAUCUCAAACCAGCAAACCUCUUUAUUAAUACUGAAGAUUUGGUGCUGAAAAUCGGGGACUUUGGCCUGGCCCGGAUCAUGGAUCCUCAUUAUUCUCAUAAGGGCCAUCUUUCUGAAGGACUAGUAACUAAAUGGUACAGAUCACCUCGCCUCUUGCUGUCGCCCAACAACUACACGAAAGCCAUUGAUAUGUGGGCUGCAGGUUGCAUCUUUGCUGAAAUGCUGACAGGCAAAACUCUCUUCGCAGGCGCCCAUGAACUUGAACAGAUGCAGCUGAUUUUGGAAUCUAUUCCCGUCGUGCAUGAGGAAGACCGGCAGGAACUUCUUAAUGUAAUCCCAGUUUACAUUAAAAACGACAUGACUGAGCCACACAAACCUUUAACUCAGCUACUCCCAGGCGUCAGCCCUGAAGCUUUAGACUUCCUGGAACAAAUACUGACCUUCAGUCCCAUGGACCGAUUGACAGCGGAAGAAGCUUUGUCUCACCCUUACAUGAGUAUUUAUUCCUUCCCAACUGAUGAGCCCAUUUCAAGUCAUCCUUUCCACAUUGAGGAUGAAGUGGAUGACAUUUUGCUGAUGGAUGAAAGUCACAGCCACAUCUAUAACUGGGAAAGGUAUCACGACAGCCAGUUCUCAGACCACGAAUGGCCCGUUCACAACAACUUCGAAGCCGAUGAAGUUCAGCGAGAUCCAAGGGCUCUUUCGGAUGGGACCGACGAAGAGGAAGUACAAGUGGACCCGCGGAAAUAUUUGGACGGCGACCGCGAAAAGUAUCUCGAAGAUCCGGCUUUCGAUACCCACUUCUCCACCGAGCCUUGUUGGCAGUACCCAGAUCACCAUGAAAACAAGUAUUGCGAUCUGGAAUGUAACCAUACCUGUAAUUACAAAAUGAGGUCCUCCUCCUACCUAGAUAAUUUAGUCUGGAGGGAAAGCGAAGUAAACCAUUACUAUGAGCCCAAGCUGAUCAUAGAUCUUUCUAACUGGAAGGAGCAGAGUAAAGAGAAGUCAGAUAAGAAAGGCAAGUCCAAGUGUGAGAAGAACGGAUGGGUGAAAGCUCAGAUAGCUCUCAAGGAGGCUUCCCAGCAGCUUGCAGAAAAGGAGAAGGGUCAAGCCUUUGACUUCGACUCCUUCAUAGCGGGAACGAUUCAGCUGAGCUUGCAGCACGAGUCGGCCGCGGUCGACAAGCUGAACGACCUCAAUAGCUCCGUCUCCCAACUAGAAUCCAAAGGCAUCUCUAAAUCGGUCAGCAGGGAGAAGCAGCAGAAAGGCAUGGCUAACUUGGCCCAGCUGGAGGCCCUCUACCAAAACUCGUGGGACGGCCAGCUGGUCAGCGGCGGGGAGGAGUGCUUUCUCAUAGACCAGUUUUGUUGCGAGGUCAGGAAGGAUGAGCAGAUGGAGAAGGAGAACCCCCCCUACCCCAGUUAUCUCGACAGGUUCUUUAGCAGGAAGGAAGAGCCCGAGACGCUAGAAGCUGAGCCAGCCGAAGAUGGGAAGCUUGGGGAGAAGGAGAGAGAGGGGAACUUUCUGAGUAAUAGCGGAGAAUUUCUCUUUAACAAGCACCUUGAAGCUAUAGCUAUUCCCCAGUUUUCCACCCCGGUUGGCUCCCCCCCUGAAAUCCUUGCAGGCCACUCUCACUCCUUCUGCUAUGAAGUCAUCUCCUCAGAUUCCCCAUAAGACCUACAGCAGCAUCCUGAAACACCUAAACUAAAAACAGCAGACAUUUUCUUUCUUUUGUUUUGUACUCACGAAAUGUGUUCCUUUUUUUAAUUAUUAUUAUUAUUAUUAUUAUUAUUAUUAGUCUCUUUUUUUUUUUUACUUGAAAUCAAAUGAUGUAACUUUUGCUCUGGAUUUCCUGAUAGUUUUUUCCUGUUUUACCAUUGUUUUUAAACGAUCCGAAAUUUCCUUUUUCUUAAACCAUGACGAUGUUUUGUUUAAAACUGGCAUGUCGUUUGCACACCAAGGGUAUAUUAAAAAGAAAAAGAAAAAAAAAAAAAGAAAGAAAGAGCUUGACAAUGCAAAUUAGAAGAGUAAACGAAAAGAAAUGCACUAAAACCAGUAGAAACAUUCUCCUUUUUGAACAACGCGUCUUUUGCAGAGUUUAAAUAGCAAUCUUGCCUUGGAAAAAACAACAACAAAAAACUACACCGUGAAACAAUUCAUAGUUUGCAUGAGAAAAAUAAUCUAUAUUUUUCCCCCCGUCAAAACGUUUCUUCCCCCCCCCUCCAUUCAUAUGUAUUUUAGAAUUUUUCAUACUGUACACAUUUCUUCAACACAUGAUACCAGCAGUACCUGUAAAUGAAUGCAGAAUUUGGUACCCAUGUGUGUUCUACCUCAAGGUAACGGCAGUAUGUGGCGAGCAUUCAACACCCCUAGUGCUUAUCAUAUUUAGCCAGCAUUAUCGUAGUAGGUGGUAUUACGGAGAAGAAGAAGAAAGAAAGAAAGAAAGAAAACAUUCAAUAUUUAUAAAUAUUCUGGUAUGCAUACUUUAUAGUGGAAAUGUUAAUAUGCAGCGUUUUUAUUUAUUUGAGCAGAUUAUAUUUUCUGUAACGGUAGAAAGUCGAAUUCUUUUGGACUUGCUUUACAGAUGAAGUUCUUAACUAGCACUGUUGGUUUGUUGCCUACAUAGCUGAAAUAGAGAUGAAAUAACAUCCCCUUAUUUUGAGGUGAUCCGUGUGAGUUUUUUUUAAAAAGAGAUUUAAUCCCUUCAAGUAAAACGUGUAUAGGAAUUUGCAAUCUGGAGGUGCUCUGUCUCUCUCUCUCUCUCUCCCUCCCUCUCUCUCUCUCUCUCUCUCUCUCUCUCCCCCCCCCCCCCCAAAGGAAUUAGGAAUUGUUUUUAUCCCAAAAUGCUCCUAGAAGUCUUAAUUGUGUUAUUUUUUUUUUUAAAAAGAAACAAACAAAACAAUUUUUGUAAUGUUAGUUGUGUGCAUGGAAACAAGGUACAUCAUUACUGUAGGUUAAAAGUUCUAUAUGGUCAGGCCUUUUGUUUUUAACUGUAUGUUUUUAUGAAUGACGCUUUUUUUUUUUUGUCUCACCUCCCCAAAUAAGCAUGAGUAAAUUAAUUAGGUUAAAUGUAGCAUGUAGCAUCUCAAUCUUCUGGCAGUUUGUUUUGCCUUCUGGAUUGGGGGUCGGGUGGGAGGGGUUUUUAUUGCUUUCAUAUUUGGGAAACUAUGUACCAUUGGCUCCCCUGUUUCAAAGAAACAAAACGAAUAAAACACGGCCAGCGAAAAAACGAA